AUAGAUGGACCCUCGAGGUGGGUUUGCCUGUGGCCUCCUGGUGAUUCGCGUCUUGGGCGGGGACAUCAGAGGUACCGCCUCCUUGGACGUUGCCCCACCAGCUGGAGACCGGGCAUUGCAUAGGAAGUGUCUGUGUGAUGGAUGAGUCUCGGAAGCAACCCUCCAGCAACCCGCCUUUGGUGAAGGCCCCAGGUGUGCAUGGGGGCGGGACUGGACACAGGAGGGCUGGGGCAUGCAGCAGGGGAGGGGUUGGCUACCCAGGACCAGGUCUGGGUGUGGAGGUCUUUGGCCUGGGAGCGGGGAGGCUGCAGGUUGGUGAGUGGGUGUUGAGGGUCUCAUCGGAACCCACUGCUCCCGGAAAGACGGGUCCCCUCCUGGCUGGAUCCUCGUCCCUCAGUUGUCCCUGGAGCCGCUGUGAGUGAGGGACACCCCCGGCGGGCACCGCCUUCCGCACGUUCCCGCUCUUCCUCGGGCUGUGGGGCUGUAGAGGAACUGGGAGAUGGGGUUGUGGCCAGGUCUUGGGUCUCCCUGCCCAGUGAUGAGGGAGAAGUUGGGGUGAGGCGAAGAGGCUUUUUCAGCUUUGACUGCAUCUGUCUCUGGGCCCCCGAGCUGCCUGGGCCAGCCAGGUUCUUGGUGGACGUUGUCUGUCUGAGAAGAUCUGCCCUCAACCCAGCCGGGCCCAGGGUCCCCUCAGCAGCGGUCGAGGGUGGCCCUGUUUCUGGCAUCGAGGAAGAGGGCCCUCAGGUUUCUGUUGCGGUGCCAGAAAGCUUCUGCCGUGUGAAGUGCUCGGUCGUCGGAUCAAUCUGGUCGCUUUCAUGGAGAGGGAAGGCAGUCAACACCCAGAGAACGGGACGUCCGUGGGAUCUGCUGGCCAAGAGCCAGCCCCACCCGCCGAUGAGCCCCGCUAGGGCCGCCCCGCGCUGAGAGCCCAGCCCCGCCGCUGCCCGCCCGCCAUGUCUCAGAUGCUGCACAUCGAGAUCCCCAACUUCGGGAACACAGUGCUGGGCUGCCUGAACGAGCAGCGCCUGCUGGGCCUCUACUGCGAUGUGUCCAUCGUGGUCAAGGGCCAGGCCUUCAAGGCCCACCGGGCGGUGCUGGCCGCCAGCAGCCUCUACUUCCGCGACCUGUUCAGCGGCAACAGCAAGAGCGCCUUCGAGCUGCCCGGCUCCGUGCCGCCCGCCUGCUUCCAGCAGAUCCUGUCCUUCUGCUACACGGGCAGGCUCACCAUGACGGCCAGCGAGCAGCUCGUGGUCAUGUACACGGCCGGCUUCCUGCAGAUCCAGCACAUCGUGGAGCGCGGCACCGACCUCAUGUUCAAGGUGAGCUCGCCCCACUGCGACUCGCAGACCGCUGUGAUCGAGGACGCCGGCUCCGAGCCCCAGAGCCCCUGCAACCAGCUGCAGCCGGCCGCCGCCGCCGCCCCCUACGUCGUGUCCCCCUCGGUGCCCAUCCCGCUGCUGACCCGAGUAAAGCACGAAGCCACGGAGCUGCCGCCGGCCGGCCCAGGCCUGGCCCCCAAGCGCCCGCUGGAGACGGGGCCCCGGGACGGCGUGGCGGUGGCCGCAGGGGCUGCGGUGGCGGCGGGCACAGCCCCGCUCAAACUGCCCCGUGUCUCCUACUACGGGGUGCCCAGCCUGGCCACCCUCAUCCCCGGCAUCCAGCAGAUGCCCUACCCCCAGGGGGAGCGGACCAGUCCGGGCGCCAGCAGCCUGCCCACCACCGACAGCCCCACCUCGUACCACAACGAGGAGGACGAGGAGGACGACGAGGCCUACGACACCAUGGUGGAGGAGCAGUACGGCCAGAUGUACAUCAAGGCCUCCGGCAGCUAUGCAGUGCAAGAGAAGCCUGAGCCAGUGCCGCUGGAGAGCCGCUCCUGCGUCCUCAUCCGCCGCGACCUCGUGGCCCUGCCUGCCAGCCUCAUCAGCCAGAUCGGAUACCGCUGCCAUCCCAAGCUCUACUCGGAGGGGGACCCUGGGGAGAAGCUGGAGCUGGUGGCAGGCUCUGGGGUCUACAUCACACGCGGCCAGCUGAUGAACUGCCACCUGUGCGCAGGGGUGAAGCACAAGGUCUUGCUGCGGAGGCUCCUGGCCACCUUCUUUGACAGGAACACACUGGCCAACAGCUGUGGGACUGGCAUCCGCUCGUCCACCAGCGACCCCAGCCGGAAGCCACUGGACAGCCGGGUUCUGAAUGCUGUGAAAUUGUACUGUCAGAACUUCGCCCCCAGCUUCAAGGAGAGCGAGAUGAACGUGAUCGCCGCGGACAUGUGCACCAACGCCCGCCGCGUUCGCAAGCGCUGGCUGCCCAAGAUCAAGUCCAUGCUGCCGGAGGGCGUGGAGAUGUACCGCACGGUCAUGGGCUCCUCCGCCGCCGGUGUGCCCCUUGACCCCGAGUUCCCGCCUGCCGGGGCACAGGUGUUCGAGCAGCGCAUCUAUGCCGAGCGGCGGAGUGACGCCGCCACCAUCGUGGCUCUGAGAACUGACACCGUGAAUGUUGACCUGAGCGCCGCCGCCAACCCCGCCUUCGACGCCGGCGAGGAGGUGGACGGGGCUGGCUCGGUCAUCCAGGAGGUGGCUGCCCCCGAGCCGCUGCCCGCCGAUGGCCAGAGCCCCCCACAGCCCUUUGAGCAGGGCGGGGGCAGCCCCAGCAGGUCCCAGACGCCGGCGGCCGCGGCCCGGAGGCCAGAGGGCACCUAUGCAGGGACUUUGUAAGCGGAGCUGGGUGGCUGCGCGAGGGACUGAGUACUAGAGCUGCUUGCAUGCGUUACUAAUACAAACAAAUGUGAUCAAGCCACUUACCUACUGAACUGCUACUGUUGCCUGAGAAAAAUGUGAUUUUUAUUCUGCUUGUAUUUAAAAUUGAUGAAGGAAACAAAUGCAUUCAUUAUACUGUAAACAAUUAGGCCACUGGCAGCCUCCUGCAAGGAAGCUCCCAGGGCUCCCUUUUGAUAUUCACAAGGUCAGCCUCCAAGUGUAGCUUCCCUCCCCCUUCUCGGGGAGGGUGGGAGGCCGCCAGGCCCCUGGUGCCCAGUCCUGCCCCUUCCUCCCUGCCUUUCCUGCUCCUUCUGCCCAGAAGACGAAGCAGGGGCCGGCGGUGGUCUGUGGCGAGGGGGCUGGGCUGUGUGUCACUGACCCUUCCUUCCUCAUCCGUGGAACCCCUCUGGGGCGACGGGGCAGGGCUCAGGCCCCAGGGCCUAACUCCUCGUUUUUCCUUCUUUCGGAGACUCGGGGCCAGGCCCACCGGGCCUUCCACCUGUGUGGGGUGUGUGCACGAGUGUGUGUGUGUGCGUGUGCGCGUGUGCGUGUGCAGGGGUGUGGUGAGGGGGCAGUGAUGGCUGUGGCCCAUCCCUCAGGGGGUGGAGAAAAGGGUACUUUACUCUGCCUCCACGCCCUGUCCUUGUUCUGCCCCAUCCGUCUCGGCUCUGCAGCCCCUCGGUCCCCUGACCCCCAGGGCACCGCUGACCCCGCCUGGCCUCCCACUGUCCUGCCCGGGCCCACUGUGGGACGUGCACAGCUGAUGUAGCACACGCCGCCCUCUGCCGCCUCAGCCACUUUGGGAUUAUGCUUGUCUUGUUUUUUUUUAGGUUUUGUUGUAAUUUAGAUCUAUUUCAUAUAUGGUUUGGAAACUUUCAGACUCAAUAGAACAAAAACUUUGGGUGGGAUGGGUGUCCCUGUCCCCAGCCCACCAUGGCUUGGGGCGGGUCAUCUGUGGCCAUCAGGGUGCAUCCCCCUGCCCCCCGCCCAGGGCCAGGGACCACUCAUCUCCCACUGGGGGAAAAAGGGGGUCCUGAUUGGGCGACUAGUAUGUGUGAAGCUGAGCUCAGGGCCAGACCUGGGGAGGGGGGGGACUCCGCUCAGGCAGGAGGCAGCGGCCAGGGCUGGGGCAGGGCGAGAGUGGAUCCUCCCAGUGCUGGGCUCCCCGUCUGCCUUGGGGGGUGUGCAUGGAUGGAGGGUGCCUGAGUCUGCAGGCAGGGGACGGCCAGGACAGGCCUGGGCUGGGGCAGUUGGAGGUGUGGGUACUGGUAAGGGACAGAGGGUUAGGGAUCAUGUUGGGGGGGGCAGGGACAGUGGAGGAAGGGCCCAUGGAAGAUGGGGCUGUUUGGUUUGAGGCUGGAGUGCUUCCUUUGAAAUUUAAUUACUGUUUUUUAAGUGGUAGGGCUCACAGACUGUGUGAAGUCCUGUGUGAAGUGCUGGUGUGGCCACCUACCCAGGUGUCCCUCCCUUUUGUUUUGGGGGCCUGUGUCCUUGUCCAGGGGCAGCCCUCCUUCCCAGGUGUGGCCAGAAGAACCCCCCAUCCCAAGACUUGAAAUGUCUGUUGCUCACAUCUGUCCCUCCAGAACUCGGCUUCCCCAUCUGCACGCACAAAACAAGUGCAGCCCUGCACCCAUCAGCACCCCCUCCCGUGUGCACACAGGCCAGUGAGCGGUGGCCGACCGGCGCACCCCACUCCCCCAACCUCCACAACCCAUCAAGCAGAGGCCGCCCCCGCUAGGGGAGGACCAUGUGCUGCACCCUGGCCUGGGGACCUACAGGGUGUGGGUUAGACGCAUUCCCACUGGGUGGCUCCUUUCUGCCCGGCAGCCCACCCCUGUGGCGAGGCCCUAGGAGACCUCCCGUGGGGCUGCCUCUAGAGACUGCACUCAGCCUCCCGGGCUGCCUCCAGCCAGGCCCAGCACGUGCCUGCCCUCCAGAAAAAUACAUUGCUUUCCACAAGGAGGUGGGGGACCAUGGGCAGGCACUGUGGACACUAACCUCGGCCCCUCCACCCGUUCCUCAGGGCCCAAGUCCAGGGGGACCAAGGCCUGCAUUCCUAGAGCCGGAGGUGGCUCAGCGGUGCAGAGGCAUGCAGACCUUCUGCUGAACUAAGAACCACCCAGCCUAGAGGGAGCCUCUCUCUGCCUCUUCCUCACCUGUCUUGGGCACAGGUGGGGUUGGAGCCCCCAUGGAGCCCACUGGGAACCUGGACCAAGCCUUCCUCGGCGCUGGGAGGAAGCCACGGGGCGGAGCGGGGGCGGGUAGGUGAGGUUGAGCUGCACUUGAGUUCCCUCUGGAGUUUCCUUCAUCUGCCCCACACCCAAAUUUGCACUUUAAUUUGACCAUCCCUGGGGGCCUGGCUGCUGACAGAAGGGCUUUCUCUGCCCUCCACUCCAAAGUGGGUGCCCCCCCACCCUUGGCCAGGACAGGGAGGGAGCCACUGGCUGCUGCCGGAGGUGGUGGCUGCACAGAGGACGCCUGACUACUGCUCAGGCCCGCACAAUGCCCCGUGGCCCCUUCCUCACUCUGUAAUCGCCGUCUGUUUUGUUGUUUGGGUAAGGAAGGCAAGAGCUAUAGAUAAAACUUAAAUAAUAAUAAUUUAAUGUGAAUGGGUUCUGAGCUCUCCCUGCGCCCCGGGUGGGCCAGGCCGAGCAUUUUGCACUAAUGUGUCCCACGGUGGGCGUGAGUCGGGAGUGUCUGCGGACGUGCGUGGCUGCUGAGCGGACCUGCUGUGUGCUCCCUCCGCGUCCUGAAUGUACCGUGGGGUGGGGGCGGCGGCCCGGGCUCGGAGGGGCCUUCCAGAGUGCCUUAGCAUCCUUUGAUCAUUUUUCCCAAGGAAACCAAUUAAGAAAGCCGGACCCUUCCCUCCUUUGUUUACAAAAUGACUAAUUCCAGAAUCCGGGGUUGUCCUGUCUUGUGAGUGUGACCCUGACUCAUCCAGACCCUGUAGAGAGAGACGAGCCACUCAGUAUUUAUGAGAUGUCUGCACCUUUAUCCCUAAGCCUGACUAUUAGCAAUACGCAUAUCCUAUAUAGAAUCUAUUACAGAGCUACGUUAUCUCCACACCUUUUGAGGAGGACAGAAGGGACUGGACCGUGUUGGAGCUGCCGCCUGGCAGGUGGUGGGCCUGGGAUCUAGCCGCCUCUCCUGCCCUGCCCUCUUCUUCCCCAAGGGGAUGGGCCCAGGAGGCAGCUGGGUUGCAUGCAGAGGUCCAGGAGGGACCGGAGGUGUGACAGAUACUGUGAGCCCGGCGGGCCGCGCCUGGCUGGGUGCCUCGGUACUUGAAUUCUGUCUUGUUUUCCGCACUGUGUCUGCCCACCCGAGUUCUCUGUCGUCACUUAACUUUGCAUUGGAUUUGGUUGUUGUACUUUGCCCCUGAAUGUGGACAAAGCUGUGGGCAAGAGGUCAGCAGGACCCGCCUGGGUGUGCCGGCGUUGGUGACUGCGGGUCGGGGCUCCUAGAAGAUAGGAGCUGGCUGCCUGGCCUCCUUUCUCCUCUAGGAAGAGUUAUUCUUUGGCAUUUGUGUUUAGAGGCAGGAGGAAGGUGGAAGGUAGGGAGGGAGGGCUGGUCGGCCCUCGGGGCUGGUCCCCCUCUGAGGGGACUCUAGUGCCUGACCCUGACCUGUCCUCAUUCGACAGCUGAAACUGUAAGCACUGGACCAGUUCCCCCAUCCCACCCAGCUGUGUACUGCCUGGGUUCCCCUCAGAAGGGAAAUUUUUAUGGAAACAUCUUGGCAGCAAGUGGAAAAAGGUCUGUGGCCCAUGAACCAACUGAAAACUCCAAGAAACCUCUGUCUGCCUCUGCCAGCAGGGAGUCCUAAACGCAGAAUCAAGAGCUCGUAGCUGUCCUCAGCUGUAACUACUGUUUCAGAAUGUUGCUGCUGCAUACAUUUGUCAUGUUGGCCAGCCAGCUCCGUGUGUGAGAGUGUGCGUGUGCGCACGCGCGUCUGUGUGUGCGUCUGUGCGCAUCUGUGUGUGUGUGUGCGCGUCUGUAUGUGCAUCUGUGUGUGCACGCGCGCGCGCAUCUGUGCGUGUGUGUGCGUCUGUGUGUGUGUGCCUGUGUGCGUGCGUGUGCGCCUGCGUGCGCGUCACCACCGGAGCAUUUAGGGUUUGGUAUAAGAUGUUUCUAAAAUGGCAAAGGUUUUUCGUGUUGUUUGUUUGUUUUGUUUCUUUGGAAAAAGAAAAGGAAAGGAAAAUUAUGCAGAAUCGAAAGCAUUCAGAUUGGACGACUUGCUCGUAUUCCGAUCAGUCGCUUCCAUUGUUAGCAUCGUACACAUGAUUGUGAUUUUUAUGUCAAAAGAAGCCAAAACUUGCAAUACUAUUUUUAGCAGACAAAAAAAAGAACUAAGUAUAAAAUGUAUAAAUAUUUUUGACUUGAACAUUUGGAUGGCACUGGGUGCAAGUAGAGCAUCCAUCCUUCGGAUGGAAUGUUUGGAAAAAAGAGACUUUUAAAAAGGAGACGGUUGUUUUAAAGAGUCUGUUUAGGGGUUAAAGUACUGUAACUCAUGACUGUUAAAAAAUAAAUUUUCCUGUGCUGUAAAGGAAGGUUUCGCAGUACCACUGAGUUAGAUUUCAGCCACAGAUGCUUAGCCUUUUUUUGUCUUUUUUUUUUUUUUUUUAAGGAGGAAGCCUUUGUUUUGUUUUCCUAAGCCCUCACUCUCUUUUUGUGCUGUUACUCGGUAGAGUCAAGACUGUUACUUUUUAGCCAUGGCUGACAUUGUAUCAGUAACUAAAACUGAAACAUCCAAAAGUGAACAGGGAAACCGAGGGCUUCAAGCGUGCUCAGAGCCGUUUCAGACAGUGGAAAUCCAUGACAAGCAAACAAAAGGAUGUGAUCAUUAAUUGUAAAGCGCUUUGUAAAAUUCACAUUUACAAAAUAAUAAAGUCAGUUCAAACCUAA